AUGGCAUUAAUUACACAAUUCGACGAUUUACCGGAUCUAUUCUUUAUUGAUCUGUUUAAUUAUUUAUCUUCAAUCGAUAUUCUUUGGGCAUUUAUCAAUUUAAAUAAUCGUAUUCAAACAAUAAUCAAUGAACGAGGUUUCUUUCGUCACAUCAAUUUAUCAUCAUCACGUCUGUCAAAAUUUGAUACACUUCUUUCUAUACUUCCAUUGAAUCAAAUUGAAACACUCAUCAUUGAUAUAGAAGCAUCGCCUUUUCAACUUUCUCGCUGGCCUUAUUUGCCUCAUUUGACUACAUUACGAUUAUAUGGCUUUACGGGUUGUAUUUUGCAUCCUAGAGGACGUCUUUCAACACUUGUGGAAAAUGUUUUGCCACAUUUGAGUGCACUUCGUUCGCUCGAUUUGGGUCAAGAUAUUGGACUCGGCCUCACGAACUGGUACAUUACUACAAUACAAAGUCCUAUCAAUUAUCUUCGUGUAUCGAUGCAAGACAUACCGCAUUUGUGUCAUGUUAUAUCAAGAGAGACACUUUCAACUACAUUAGAACAAUUCCAUGUAACAAUGCGUAGUCUACAUGUGAUAAGAGAAAAUAGUUUACCUAAAGGAUUGGUACUGUCUAAAAUGAUCAAUUUACAUACAUUUACUUUGGUUCAAUCGAUAUUUUCCUAUAAUAGAAUUGAAUGGUCAACUAUUGAAUCACUCACAGCUCCAAAUGUAAUGCCCGUACUUCGACGAAUGAAUUUGGCUAUUUUCAUUUCUGUCGAUGAUUUAAAUUGUAUCAAUAGAUCGUCACUUUUCAUUGAUGAUCGUCGAAUCGAUGUUCAAUUUGUUUUCAUUAUAGAUGAUACUUCUCUAGGUAUUCAACUAAGUCAUCAUGUACCACAUGGUAGUCAUUUUCAUCCACGACAAAUAGUUGGUUUCAAUAAUUAUCCAUGGGCUUACGAUGUUUGGUAUACUUUACCAUGGGCAUUUGAACAAUUCUUCGAGGUGAUUGAACCAAUUCAAUAUAUAACUAAAGUAGAAGUAUUUGCUUUACCUUCAUCGUACUCAUCCAUUAUUAGUUCAUCUCGACUUCGUACACUUAGUAUAUCACAAAAUGACUCAUUACCAUCGAUUAUUUCAAUGCCUCAUGUUGUGCAAUUAGAUCAUAUUAACACAGUUCAUUUAUCAUUUCAUGAUUGGCCAACUGGUUUAAAUCUUCUUGCUCUUCGUCAUGUUACAUUAACAAAUAAUCUCAUUGCAUUGAAAAACUUCUCUUCAUUUCCACCUAAUAUUCGUUCUAUUCAAAUUCUACUUCAUGCUAAUAAGCCAAAUUUUGACUCAAGCAAUUGGUCUAUAUUGCGUUCACUUUCAGUCUUACCGAUGCUCACCUCAUUACAUAUCAUUAUGAAGGACAUGAAUACAGGUCUUGAUGAUAUUAGUUGUCAGAUUAUUGCAGAAACAGUACCAAUAUCCGUUCAUUUUGGUAUUUGUUUUCGAAGAAGUAGUGGAAUGCCGAAACCUGAUUCUAUUGACCAUUGUAUCGAGUUUGAUCCUGCUCUCGUCAAUCUUACUAAUGAUCCUACUGUUCCUAUUAUUGACGAUGAAGAUUAUGACAAUGAUGAAGAGGAUGAAGAUUAUGAAGAUUUGACAUUCUCGGAAUCGAUAUUUGAUAUUUACCGGGCAUCUAUUAAAGAACUACAUACUUGUAUUUUACGCUUAUCAUCUCAUAUGAAACCUCUAAUUGUUGUUGAAGAAGAAGAUCGAGAUGUACAACCUGGUCUUCAAGAAGAAAAAACAAUUGGUAUUGAUCGUGAACCAACAUCAAUUGCUGAUAAAAAUCCAUAUUCAACUAAAAAUGAUAGUGAAACAAUUGAAAUAAGUGAUAUGAGUGAAAAUGAAGGUGUAUCAUCUGAAAUGAAUAAUAUAAAUGACGGUUGA